AUGGCUCCUCCCGAGGGAAUCCCUGCCCACGUCCUGUCGGUGGCCCAGCUGGCAGGCUACCCGCCAACCGUGUGGAGGGAGACAGGGCGGCCACUCGCAGCUGCGCCAGCUCGUCUCUGCCUGUGUCGAGUGCCAGUGCAUGACCAGGCUUCGCAGCCCUGGGGGUUGAAAAGACCUGAGCAGGGGGGAGGGGCUGAAUGCUUCCCGGCCUGCGACCCCCAAAAUGGAUUCUGCGAGGAUGACAAUGUUUGCAGGUGCCAGCCUGGCUGGCAGGGUCCCCUCUGUGACCAAUGUGUGACCUCUCCUGGCUGUGUCAACGGACUCUGCGAGGAGCCCUGGCAGUGCAUUUGCAAGGACGGCUGGGACGGGAAACUGUGCGAUACAGAUGUUCGGGCUUGCAUCUCAACCCCCUGUGCCAACAACGGGACCUGCAUGAACCUUGACGAUGGCCACUACGAAUGCUCCUGCGCCCCUGGAUACUCAGGAAAGGACUGUCAGAAAAAGGACGGGCCCUGUGUGAUCAAUGGUUCCCCCUGCCAGCACGGAGGCACCUGCGUGGAUGAUGAGGGCCGGGCCUCCUAUGCCUCCUGCCUGUGCCCCCCUGGCUUCUCAGGCAAUUUCUGUGAGAUCGUGGCCAACAGCUGCACCCCCAACCCGUGCGAGAAUGACGGCGUCUGCACCGACAUUGGGGGCGAUUUCCGCUGCCGAUGCCCGGCUGGCUUCAUCGACAAGACCUGCAGCCGCCCGGUGACCAACUGCGCCAGCAACCCGUGCCAGAAUGGGGGCACCUGCCUGCAGCACACCCAGGUGAGCUACGAGUGUCUGUGCAAGCCCGAGUUCACAGGCCCCACCUGUGUCAAGAAGCGUGUGGUGAGCCCCCAGCAGGUCCCCCAUGUGCCCAGUGGCUAUGGGCUGGCCUACCGCGUGACCCCCGGGGUGCACGAGCUGCCAGUGCCGCAGCCCGAGCACCGCAUCCUGAAGGUGUCCAUGAAAGAGCUCAACAAGAGUACCCCUCUCCUCACCGAGGGCCAGGCCAUCUGCUUCACCAUCCUGGGCGUGCUCACCAGCCUGGUGGUGCUGGGCACCGUGGGCAUCAUCUUCCUCAACAAGUGCGAGGCCUGGGUGUCCAACCUGCGCUACAACCACAUGCUGCGCAAGAAGAAGAACCUGCUGCUGCAGUACAACAGCGGGGAGGACCUGGCCGUCAACAUCAUCUUCCCCGAGAAGAUCGACAUGACCACCUUCAGCAAGGAGGCUGGCGAGGACGACAUCUAAGCAGCAUCCCCACAGCCCCUCUAUAUUCUCGGGGUCCCGCAGAGCUCACUGUAUGCGGUCUGUCCUAAUCUUUGUGGUGGAGUUUGCUGUAUUUUGUGUCGAAUCUGGUGAACGCUGUGCCUACAUAUAUUUGUGUUGCUGUGUGGCAAAACGCAAUGCUUUAAGAAUCCUCUUUCUCUCUAUUAAUGCAUGAUAAAAAAAAUGAUAAUAAUAAGACUUUGAUCUUUAAACAAGUAAAAGAAAUAAGUAUGUUAUUCUAAACUCUAAACUUAAUGAAAUAUCAAAAAAGACCAAAAAAAAACAAGGCAACAAGACCAGGGCUCCGUGCCGACGUCCCUCUCUGAGGGGUCUUGGCCACAGGGUCCUCGUGUAACCAUUA